GGCAGAUUCAUCUUCAGAUCACAAUCCACUGUCUGAGGUCAGUACUGAAUUAUUAUGUCAUAAAAAAUGUAAAACAGACUUUGCAAAUGUUUCUUUAUUAUAAAAUGUCUUUUGUGUUUUUAAACCAGUUCAUCGGCUGCUGACAUGAAUUUCACACCUGUGGAAAGCAAUGUGACAGGAGCUGUGCCCUCCGAGGUCACGUUGUUUAAAGGUAUCGGCAGGGUUAUGAUCAUUGUUUGUCUGGGCAUCACCAUCAACUACAUCAAUGCUACCAUGGUCCACACAUUCAGCAAACACCACAUCUUCAAGGUGAACCCUCGCUUUAUCCUUUUUAUCCACCUGGUGUUCAACGACAUGAUCCAGCUCACAGCCAGCAUCUCCAUCUCUGUCCUCUAUUAUGUCUUUGAUACAAUCCAUGUCUACCUCUGUUGUCUCUUCAUGUUGCCGGCCAUCCUCACCACACAGAACACCCCUCUGAAUCUGGCUUUCAUGGCAGCAGAGUGUUACAUUGCUGUCUGCAUUCCCCUCCGCUACAACAACAUAUGUACAGUCAAAAGAACAUAUAUUGUUAUUGGCAUAAUCUGGACAUUAAGUUCACUUUCUGUACUGCCAGAUGUCUUCAUUCUUUUGGCCACUGAACCUCUGGAGUUCUUUCAUACCAGAGUUUUCUGCUUGAGGGAUACAGUGUUUAGGAGUGCCUACAGUGUAAAGAAGAGGGAUGCAUCCCACAUAUUGUUUCUGGUCGUGGUUUGGCUCACUCUGUUCUACACUUACUUCAGAAUUUUGUUUGUGGCCAAAGCUGCUGAUGCAGAUGCUAAAAAGGCAAGAAACACGAUCCUGCUUCAUGGUUUUCAGGUGUUGCUGUGUAUGACGGUGUAUGUGCAACCUUUGUUAAUUCAAGUUCUCACAUACACGUUUCCAGGACAGUUCAGAACGAUAUAUUUUGCUUUUUAUGUUAUAAACCAAAUCCUCCCUCGCUUUGUUAGUCCUAUUGUCUACGGGCUACGAGAUAAGACUUUCAGGAAGUACUUCAAAAAGUAUCUGUGUACAGUAAACUGCCAUCCAAAACAAAAUCCUUAACCCGGUGAAAUAAAAUAUUUUAGAGAACGCCAUGAUGUUGGAAAGUUAAAGUCCAAUGUGGCACAAGUUUGCCUACAAAUUUCAUACAAAGAACUAACAAUAAAAAUCACAGUACACAGUAUUAAAUGUCUCUGUGGUUAAACUGUCAACAGCUUUUGUUGUGGCUUCAUGGUUUCAUGAUACAUCGGAUCUACAGUAUUUACUUGAUCUGUGAAUGCUUUUGUAGUAUCAUUUCAGGGCCUGCACAGCUUCGAGACAAAUUCGCUGUAAAUUACCUACACUUAAAUCAUUUAUUUUAAGCUAAUGCUCCUGACGAUACAUUUCCUAGCAUCACGGGGGUCACACAAACCCCUCAACUCAAACAUGAUGGUGAUCCUUGGACCCUACACAAAAGGGUAGGCAAUAAAGGAACUGCACCACCUCACCACAGAGUAUGG